AUUACAAUGAGAUAGAAUAAAAUUGUAAUUAUAAUCACAAUUAUCAAAACACCUUCAUUGUAGUAGAGGUUAACUAUCACUCCGGGUUAUUGCGACGUCGUUUAGGCUUGGAUCUGACGAUCUAUGUGAUCUAAAACCCUAAGCAAGGAGGUCCCCAUUUUCGUCACCGGAGAGGGAGGAUUAAUGGCGGCGAUGUUAAUCGGAAGAGCUUUUAAGUCAGCGAGAAACUCUAAUCUUGCUAUUCGUGCUAGAUCCUUAUGUACGACAUCUGCCGCUCGUCAACCCGAUUCCGAUACUCAGCCAUCGGAAUCUUCGUCGUCGUUCACAUUCGAGAAGGAAAAUGAGAAACCCAUCUUAGUGAAAGCUCCGAACUCUCGCCGGAAAAACGAAUCGGAUUCAGUGACGAUGCCGACGUCUUUCAUGACUGGUUCGAUCGUAGGGAAGAGGUUUUACAAGAAAGUGACGACUAGAGAAGCUGAUGAUGGAAAUGGAUGGACUGUGAUGCUUGAUUAUAGAACCCUUAAAACCCCUUCGAAAAGACCUCUCAAGCUUCGUUCUUUGGCACUUGCUAAGGCCAUUGCUGCUGAGUGGGAGUAUCAGCUAACAGAAGGGAUCAGACCAUUCACAAUGCCGCUUAUGAGACUAGCAUGUACUGCACUUGAAAGAGUUCCUCUUACGCGUUCAAAGAUCAUAGAACAUUUAUCGAGAAAGAUACAUCAAGAUCUCGUCUUUUUCCGAGCACCUGAAGAUAAUGAUCUAACUAGUGACGUCCAUGAUAUUCAGGUAGAGAGUAUUGAUCCUCUACUUGAGUGGAUAGAGUCAGAGUUUCGGGUCAAACCGAAAGUGUAUUCUAGCAUCUUCGGGGGUAAACAAGACGACAAGCUAGUGAAAGCAGUAGAAGAACUGCUCAAGAAAACGAAUGAUGGUGAACUCGCAAGCAUUGAUGCACUCCAAGCAUCAGCUCACUCUAUAGUAAUCGCCCUCGGUAUCUUCUGUGGGAAACUCCAGAUCGAUGAUGCAAUCAAAUUGAUUAGACUUGAAGAAGAUUUACAGGUGGACAAAUGGGGACUAGUCGAAGGCGGGCAUGACAUUGAUGUUGCUGAUCUCAAAGUUCAGAUCUCAUCAGCUACAGUGUUUCUUGCUCUAUCCCGUGAAAACUGAUCAUUAGUCUCUCAUUUUCCUCAACACAUUAAAAAACAAGCUUAUCUGUUUGUAGAUUAGUUAUUUACUUUCCAAGUUGCAAGAGGUAUGUGUAAACAUUUUUCUCUCUUAUUCACCAAUAAAGCAAAACUCGAAAUCCAAAUGUUUGUAUUAAGGCAAAGCUGAAUGAGUGGAUGAUAAAAAAAGCAGAGUUUUAUUGCUUGUUGUAGGCAAAAAAAAUUCAUCAAGAUAUACCACAAAAUAAUCUAAUUCUGAUAGUUGUGACAGCAAUACAAGAAUGAAUCCAAAAUUGGAGUUUCUUGCAGAUUAUUAGAAUCAAAAAUCCAUUAGGUACUGCCUGAUUCAUUUGUUGUUCAACCAGAUUUCUGAAGCUGCUUGAUGUGUGUGAUCUGUUUCCCUGGGUUCAAUCCCUUUGGACAGGCACGAGCACAGUUCAGAAUUGUGUGGCAUCGAUACAGUUUGAACUCAUCGUCAAUGGCUUCAAGUCUUUCCUUAGUGUACUCA